GCGAUAUUUGUAAUGUUCGAAAACUUGGUAAACGAUUAGAAAAAGAGGCUAAUAAAACUGCAGAAAAUAAAGAUAAUUGGAUGUCAUCUUCAUCUUCUAACAAACAAGUAAAAUCGACGUUACCUGACGAUAUCACACCAAAACAGAUAGAGCCUGUCAAUACAGCAAAUAGCCGACUAUCCGAGACGCUAUUUAUUUUUGACGAUAUCUGGAAAAAGGAUCAUUACAAAUACUUAUCUUUUGCCAAGAAGUCAAUCUCUACUUCACGAUUUAAGUAUCUAGAAAAUGAGCUCGACCAUCACUGCAUCCGUUUACAGGAAAAUCUAACGGAUGAUGAAGCUAUAGAACUGCUUGCGUUACUUGCCGUUAACGAUAAUGAUCAGACACUGCAUCAAAAUCAAGUUAAGACAUUAGGUCAAAAUCGAGCUGUCAAGAACGUUAUCGACAGUUGUCAAGGUUUACCAUUAGCUAUAUCUUUAAUUGGUCGUCUUGGUUUAAAAACUGAGAAGGAGUGGAAUCAAGCAAAGGAUAUCAUUGCCAAAAAGUCUGCACCAACCAAAUUAGCUCAUUACGAUUUCAAUCUAUACGGGACUUUAGAAUUAAGUGUUGAUUCUUUGGAGAAUAAACGAUUAUUUGAGCAACUAGCUGUAUUUAAGCGAGUCAGUAUUCCUAUUCAAUCUGUUGCAUCGUUAUGGGACUGCGAAAAAUCGGAAGCUCAUCUUCACUUAAUCGAAAUGAAUAACAAAUCAUUACUUACAUAUGAUGAAGAAAAAUGUGUUCUACACGAUUUGAUGGUCGACUAUCUACAGCAACGACUCUACUCGCACAAUUCCAAUCAAGAUUAUCGCAAGAGUUUAAACAAAACGUUGAUCGAUGGUUACCGUAAUCAGUGCGAUGGAAAGUGGAAUACCUUCCCUGAUGAUGGCUAUUUCUAUCCCAAUCUUAUUUAUCAUGCUUUAAUAGCUGAAAAUGAUGAAGAUCUUCAAAGUAUUAUGACCGAUUUCGAUUGGAUGAAACAUAAAAUUGAAAUAGACAGGACAAUCUAUUACCUAGAAUGCGAUUUAACAGACUACAUCGACUAUCUAAAGAAAAGAAAAGAAAGAAAGGAAAAAAGGAAAGGAAAGAAAAAGGAAAGAAAUAAGAUUGUUCAAGGUAGUGAUUAA